UUCUCCAACUAUAAACCGCUCAGGAAUGAGCAACGCUCGCCGAGUAGCGGAUACGCGCCUAGUCUCGACAACUAUUUUAAUCGUUCCUCAGGACACUAUGUAUGCAACUUCACAUUACUGACGAGUUGAUAACGCAUACUGAAGCGGCUCCUCAGUUCACGAACCGUAACAUGUAAUAGAAUACUCGCUGGUCCCGGCUUGUGAGGCAAGAGUGAAGAGCAAUCAAUCACCGGACACCUCCACCGUUAUUCGGUGUGCGUACAGUACAGUGAGCGCUGCUGAGGCAGGAGAACCGCUGCUCUAAUGCUUCCCUGACCACACCGACUCAGCGCUGCUAUUUUAACGCGGUAUCUUGUUUUCGACCAAGCGUCAGAUCGGGUUUUAUAGCGGGACAAGAUGUUGCCAGUGUUGGUGUGCGGCGUUGUGGUCUUUCCCGGUCUCUUCUUCACUUUUAGAAAAGUGCUCCCGUCCAUUUUCAAGCAGUGGACAGAUGCCGACGUCGUGCUGGUCAGCGAGAGGCUGGUGUCAUCUAUUCAUGCUAUUAUGGCCACCACAGCUGGCAUCAUCAUAGUGUCCUCAUGCAAAGGCAAUGUGAUAAUGGACAGACACUGGCUGGCCACCUAUUUUGUCAUUUGGUAUGGCGUUCCCUACAUGUCAUACGACAUCUUCGCCAUGUACCUCAGCCAUUACUAUCGCUUCCGGGUCAAAGGUCACAAGGACUAUAAAAGCCACUCUCUACGAACCGUCAACUCAUUUGUGAGGAAAGAGUUCCUGCUGGUCCUCCAUCACAUUGCACUACUCACCAUCCUACUACCUGUGACUCUGUUCUUCAGGAAGGACCAGGGUGAUUACUUCAUUGGCUGUCUAUUUCUCACAGAGCUCAGCACUCCUUUUGUUUCACUGGGCAAAAUCCUCAUUCAGCUGGGGAUGCAGGACUGCUGGCUGCACAAGGUCAAUGGCGGCAUGGUGCUGCUGAGUUUCUUCAUUUGCCGCAUCGCACUCUUCCCCUACAUGUACUGGGCCUACGGCUCGCACUACGGCAUCCCGCUGUACAGCGUUCCCUUCCAUCUGCCGCUCUCCACCAACCUGGGCAACCUCUGCAUCCUGUCACCGCAGGUCUACUGGUUCGUCCUCCUCUGCCGUAAAGGCUACCGACUCUACAAGCGGCAGCGGGAUUCGCAAAACCAGGCUUCUCCGCUGUCCUCGCCCGAGCCGGUCUCAGAUAGCUCCAAGGCCGAUUAGUGAAGGUCCUACUUUAUCUAGAACAAAACAAUUAACCGACAUCACAGCUGAAGGCUACGGCACUGCAUCUACUACUGUUACAGGACAACCAAGACUUCAUGUUAGAAAUAUCCUUUUCACUUUACUCCAUUCCACACGCACACUCACAUUUACUGGAUUUACUACAGUGACUUUGACAGUGAGCAUCUUUUAGGUCAGUUAUUGAGGGUUAUAACCCUCUUUUCCUUCUCUGAUUGGAGUAUCUGUUACAGGUUGGACUGGUGUCUUUGAAUGUCAUAGGAAUUAUCUGUUACUUUUUCGUAUUUUCGGUUUCGUCCCGUAUGAAAUGCUGCCGCGUGUGCUUGAAGUACAAAAAUACACUGGUUUAAACCAGGGAAUUUAUUAUGCGAUCAUGAUAAAUUCAUUGGAUUAAACCCGCAGUGUUUCAGAUCACAUCCGAGCAACAUUUCAGAUCACUUCCCACUCAAAGCGCAAAGCUCCGAUCACAUGGUAAGCAUUUCCAUGGCUGCAGUGCUGCUGUUCUUGUUUACAGCUCAUUAGAGUUCUGUGAAUGUGUUUGCACACACACUGCCCUGCUGUGACUGUUUACACUUCUCUACCACACACCGCCCUUUACGCUCUGGAGGCUGCUAAUGCUAAUGAAUUCUGCUUCGCUUCGGUGGGCCCUUUGAGCAUCCCAAGUCCUCCCGUCCACAUGGGGGCAGUAGAAAGUCGCUCCUUACGUUUACAUGGUAUAGACAAGAAUUGAGUCUAUAGGGGGAUGAGGUCUUUGCAGGGCACAAAGAGCGAUCACAUAACGCUUGGCAUAUCUUUUAGGCCACACGAUGCCCGAGGGCAUCUCCAAGCAGUAGUCAAAGCAAUAACAAGGGGUUUCAAAGCAAGGGUUUAUGGGUAGACAGAUAGCCCAUGUGAACACACGGGCAAGGAUAGAAAAGUUGCACGACAGCCUACUCCGAAAACUGAACUUUGUAUAUCUAAAAGGCGUAAAACUGGGUUCGUACAGUUUCGAGAAGGAAAAAAAUCAGGGAGUUUUACAUUUAAGAUUUUUGUGUGUGUGGAACAGUCAUCAGAAGUCUUAUCUUGCGUAGUCAGUAUCAUUUCUGUAGCUCUCCAGCUGAACAUUUUUUUGGCUAGAUGUCACUUUUUAUGAUUGCUGUCUACUAAAUGAUUAGAAAAUUUUAUUUGGGAAAGUCACUGGUCAAAAGAAGUGUGAAGUGUGAAAUGCUCUCGAUAUGGGGCAUGAAUUUUUAUCUUUCUAUUAACUGAGCCUACAGUUUGAGUUGUAAAUAAUUAUAUUUAAUUCUACAUCAAUGAAUAUUGCAGUACAAAGGGUGAUUUGCUGUCGCCUAGGGUCAUUUUAGAAAUAAUCUGUGGCUUAUAGAAGCUUGUGUAAGUGUAGGCUUUGCAAGGAACUCAGAAGCCUUUGUUUCAGGGCUUUUAACACAACCUGCAGCAUCUUUCAUAAUACAUUUAGUGAAUGCUGGAUGCCGUAUGAAUGCAUCUUAGGAGUUUUUUUUUAACAGUGACUUGCAGAUUCCAUUAAGCACUUUCAGAAGUGCAGAACUGUCAGAUUAAAAUGUUGCUCAGUACGUACCCAUGCACUCUUAUUUAGUGUUUCCAAGACAAACUGGACCUAAAGGUUGCCUUUAGCAAGUGUGUGUGUGUGUGAGAGAGAGACAGAGAGAAGGCUUAUAUAAGAGUGUGUAUAAGCUCCCAGCUCACUCUCUAGAGGGUUGAACAGGGUCUUUGCUGGACUAAAGAGAGAGAAUGUGUGUUUUGCUCUCCCUUUCUAAAGCUUUAGUACUUUUCAAAACUAACUAUGCAGUCUUGAAAGCUGAUGAUUUUUGUCUAUGGCAACACUAUGCUUUCCAUAGUUUUGUUGAGGUGGGAUGCAUUUGGCAGAUGAGUUGGCCGUAUUAAUCAUAAUGCAUGUUUUAUAAUUUAGUAGUCUGUUAUGUUGCUUUUCUCCAUUGUUUACUGAUGUCUGUUACAGUAUUUUUCUUCUAUAACCAACAUUGUUUUCUCUGAUUUUUCAUUUGUAGGUUAGGCUGCUUUUCAUAUCCAUUGUCUAAAAAAUGCUGUUAAAUACAACCCAAUGGACAGACUUCAGCAACUGGGUUGUUCUGACCAAAUGUUUAACCCAGCCUUCUGGGAAGUUUUGUUGUUUAAAAAUUGCUACAUUACCAGUCAAAAGUUUUUGAACAGUUAGAUUUCUAAUGCUGACAUACAGCGCCUUUGCACUUUGGGUGUCUCAUGUUCGAAUCCCGACUCGAGGACCUUUCCUGAUCCUGCCCCCCUCAUUCUCACUCCCACUCCGUUUCCUGUCCUGUCUGAUCUGUCCUAUCACAAUAAAGGCAAAAAUGUCAAAAAAAAAAUAAAUCUUUAAAAAAAAAAAAAAUUAAAUAGAAAAGUUAUAUUUUAAAUAGUAAAAAUAUUUCAUAGUUUUACGGUUUCUGCUGUACUUUGGAUUAAAUAAAUGCAGGCUUGGUGAGCAGAAGAGACUUAAAAAACUUUAAAAAUCUUACUGUUCAAAAACUUUUGACUGGUAGUGUAUAUAGUUGUCUUAAAAUGAACCCAAAAUAGGUUGAAAAUUAAGAAUCAGACGCAUAAUUACUAGAGGCGUCAAACGGUUAACAUUUAUUAAUAAGCAAUUAAAAAGGUUUAUUAUUUAAUUAUUAUUUAUUCAACUUCAUUUAUUCAAACAAAUGUUUAUUUAUUGAAUAUAUUAAUAAAUGUUCAUUUCCAACCUAUUUUGGGUUCAUUUUAAACAAGAAAUAGUCAUUUUUAAGCAAUAGUUGUGUUAAAUAUCUCUACCAAGAAGGCUGGGUUAAGCAUUUAACCCAAAACAACAAAGUUGCUGGGUUUCUCUAUAUUUCACCCAGCGCUGGGUGCAUUUUUUAAGAGUGUAAUAAAUACACUAUAUGGCCGAAAGCAUGUAGACACCCAAAAAGCAUUUAAAAUAUAUUAUAUAUGGGCAUUAAUAAGGGGUUUGUCAAUCCUUUGCUGCUAUAACAUCUUACAUUUUCCCCAGACUGUCGCACAAGUUGUAAGCACACAAUUAUGUUAAAUUAAGGGGCCUAGAAUUAAUAUUAUAAAAGGAUGUUCACAAACUUUUGGCCUAAAGUGUAAAUCCAUGUUAUCCAGAAGUUUCAAAACCAUUUAACAUUACCAUUAAUCAUUCAAUUUAGGCUUAUUUAUGCCAUGCUUGAACUUGCAGUGCAGUGUAUGAUGCUGAUAAUCAUAUGUUUUGGAAAAAAAAUAAUUGUGUCUUCAAGGCCUCCUCUCUCAGCUCAGGGUUUGAUAAAGAUGUUAUCAUUUAUCAAUUAUUAUUUGGAGAUGAAAGAUGAGACUGUGAUUUACAAAAAGACACAUGACAUUUCUAAUUGAAAAUACUUGUUUUUUGGGUUCAGUAGACCAAAGAUUCUUAGGCACUUUUUAAAGACGAGUAACAUGUAGUGAAACUGUCAUUGCCUUUUCCUCGCUUGCCAUCCAAAGAGACUCAGAUCUCGACAGGAAUGGCUUGUUAGUCAGUCUCGGGCAGCAAAAAGACUGGAAUUUUUUUUCACUGGAAUGUUUAGCUAUUUUACUGAAAAUAACAAGCAGGGUGAAUCUGAUGAAAACAUGUCUGGAUCAUAUUUCACCCCAAGUCAGUAACAAAUUACAGUGGUAAUGAGAAAUUAAUGACUAAUUGUCAUAAAAAAUAGUCCCACAAACUAAAAAAGGCCAUGAAAUGGAGUUAAGUUUCUUGAAUAUUAAAUAUACGACUGACAUGUUUUUAACAGAUUUUGUGAGAAGGAUAUAGGUGGAGGAAUAAGAGGUGUAGAUGUUUAGAAUUGUUAUCAGCUGCUCUGAUUUUAAAACAUAUCAAAACUAGACUAGGCUUGUUUGAUGGGUGCUUUGUUUGGAGCUUUAGUUUGGACAGAAAUGCACGAAGGCAGAUAUAUGCAGAUAAAUCUUUAAAAGUCUAAGGGUAGAAAAAGCUAUAAUACAUAUUACUAUUAAAUCUAUAAAAGUUUUGUUUUACCCCCAAAUGAUGUGUUGUCUGGAAUAUCGUAAAUACAGUGCCUUGUAUUAAAGUUGUGUGUGAUAUUAAUACAAGCUCGGUGCACAGGAGACCUGGGCAGGCUGUGUUUUAGGUUGUGACCAUCUCUGCUUACUUUUUUUUUUUUUUUUUUAUGUUUAAAGUACAUUACACAAAAUUAAGAAAAGCAUCUGUAUCACAGUGUAAUGUACAUGUGAAUUCUUUAUGCUAGUAGGUUUGAUUUCAAUGUAUAAUUUGAAUAAAUUGUUAAAGCUAACAUUGUCUUUUAAACAUGCUUCUGUUUAAGUCUUAAACUUGUUUUAAUUGAAGUUCUGUAUGCUUGCUGUGUUGUCUUUAUAUUUGCAUUCUUAUAUAUAAUUUCUCUAAAACUCUGAAGGUCUAUAAUGUGACCCAGUUUUCUGAACAGCAUCCAUUUCUCAUAAAACAGACAUGAUUACAAAUCUACUGUCUACGUGUAGAUAUAUAUCAGUGGUCCAUAAGGUGUAAUAAAAUGUUCACUUUAUCUUCCAACACAUUCCUUUGCAUCUCCAAACGCAUUUCAGCAUUAUCAACUCUUGUUUA